AGUCUUAUUGUGUCCUCCGUCCCUCCAGUUGUUCUUCUUACCCUCCAUCUCCAGGCCUUCUGUCUUCUCCCGUCUCCCUCCGUCCGUCCAUCCAUCCAGCCUUCCAGCCUUCCAUCCAUCCAUCACCUGUCCUCUUGCUUUCUUUUCCUCUGCAGCUAGCCAUCCAUUCAUUCAGCCGGCAGAAUGGUAAUGACAGAUCUUUUAAAACCUGAGGAGAUCAAGAAAGCUCUUGAUGCCUUUUCAGCGGAAACCUUCGACCCAAGGAAGUUCUUUGAGAUGGUGGGAAUGAAGGCCAUGUCAGCUGAAAACGUCAAGAAGGUCUUCCAGGUUCUGGAUGUGGACGGUAGUGGAUUCAUAGAGGAAGAGGAGCUCAAGUUUGUGCUGAAGGGAUUUUCAAAGGACGGCAGGGACCUGACGGAUGCUGAGACAAAAGCAUUCAUCACAGCCGCAGACAAAGAUGGAGAUGGAAAAAUUGGUAUUGAUGAGUUUGAGGCCUUGGUGCAUGAGUAAAAGGGGGACAUCUGAAAUUCACCCCGUUCUUCUUCCUCCGUCUCUUCGUUCCCACAUUUGUAAACGCCCUCCUCCAUACCCUCCCUGCCUCCCUCCGGACCCCACUUACGGAGUCAGGCCAGGCCCGUUCUCUUCGGAACGCCAACGGUGACGGGCUACCUGGGAGUCACACCGAAGAGAAUCACACCGGCAGCGCAUCAGUGUCUCCUUCAUAAUAUAUACAUAUAUAUAUAUUUGUUUAACUAAACAUGCUGUACAGAUUUAGGAAUCAUUACUUACCACAAAUGAGGAUAGUUUGUGAUAUGAAAACGGGUGGUGAUAGUGCUGUAGGUGGUGUAGAUGUUCAAGGCUCCUUUAAGCUCAACUUCUUGUGCAUUCUGUCUUCUUCGCUGGUUUUUAUUUCUGGCUGUUUGUGCAUCAGAUCACUUUCUUCCCACUGCUCUUCCUCCUCCACCCUCCCUGACCUUCCUCUUCUCUCCUCUGUCCCUUCCUCCACCUCCACCUCCUCCUCACUUCCAAACUCUGAUCAGAUGACGUGGUUAAAAAAAAGAAAAAAAGAAUCGUAUGUAAGGAGAACUGUGAAGAGAGAAGACGCCAGUACGAAAUGAUAAUAAAAAAUCAUUUGAGA